AUGGCCUCCCAUCCUAGGUCAUUUAGGCGAGGGUCUCAGUGCCUCCAUGACUGCCCCAAACAGCCCUACAUCCCCAUUUACCUGAUAGUGAGUGGGGUGUUCUACAUGUUCAUAGGCGCACUGGCCUAUUGGCGCUACAGCCACGAGGAGAAAGCAGGCGGAAACGUGUGGAUCUACUCCAUCUAUCCUCCCAUCUACAAUCAGACCCAGCCCAACCCAGAGUACUCCUUGUACCUCCACGACUGCCCCAAACAGCCCUACAUCCCCAUUUACCUGAUAGUGAGUGGGGUGUUCUGCCUGCUCGUGAACACACUGUCUUAUUGGAGCUACAGCAAGGGCGAGGACGGAGUCAACAAAUUCUUUAUUGCCUGCAGCUUCCUGUACUCUCUUUUCAGCUUAUGCUGGUUCAUUGCGGGAAACGUGUGGAUCUACUCCAUCUAUCCUCCCAGCUACAAUCAGACCCAGCCCAACCCAGAGUACUGUAACAAGACCCUGUACCUGUUUGCUUUCUGGACCACCACACUGUCUUACAUCAAUAAGUAUCACUAA